AUGGCCAAGAAGAAGUCGAGUAGAAAAGCCCCGCCAAAAGCCAAGAUUAUCGUACCGUUAGAAACAGUCUUCAAUUGUCCAUUUUGUAACCACGAACGGGUGUGUGAGGUUAAAUUGUAUGUUUAUUAUUUUUUUAUUUGUUUUUAUCUUUAGGAAACAUUAGCUAUGGGCUUUUUCCAGUUUCUAGCUGAAAUUCGGACGGAAAGUCUAGUGUAAUAUAAAAGUUGGUGCCAUUGACUUUAUGACGGUUUAUAUUAAAACACGAUAUUCUUAAAAGGACUAGCUAGGUCUACACAAACUUCUUAAAUGGAAAGAUUAUUGGAUUCUGUAUCUUUUUGCUAUUUACGGUUUAUAUUACUUUAGGCGGUCUGUGCUAAAACUAUAUAUUUUCUAUUAGAAAUCCCUUCGUCACAAGAGCUGAUUUUGUGUAAAAUACGAAAAACAAGUUCAUGUCUAAUUUGUAUUGUCAGGUUUCGUCAAAACCUUAGUUCACCCGGCUUUAUGGGUCUUUAUAUUGUAGUAGGUACAGGUGUAGGUAAAAAGUUAUUUUUUAAUGCAAAACGAGGCUGCUUCUGAAAGUUUUUUGCUUUGUUAGUUAGGAAAUGUUCUUGUUAAUGUUUUUAAUAUAAAAAAUGGCCAUAACUUUGUCUCCAAUCUUAAAACUUAUCAAUUUCCUAUAUUCACCAUGGCUAAUAUCUGAUAAUCAUUUUUUGCAGAGACCGACUACGGAAUGUGGGCUUUAUUCAAUGCCGGAUCUGUACGGAGAACUUCCAAACCAAUAUCACAUAUCUGUCGGAGCCGAUCGACGUGUAUUCGGACUGGAUCGAUGCCUGCGAACAAGCGAAUGCCUAA